AUGGAAUCGGUACAUUCAAAGACGCAGGUAUCACUUUUGGAGGUUUCGCAAGAGGAGCUAGAGCUGGCACUACAGAACAGAAAGACGUUUGUGUGUUCAAAUGCUAAUGUAAAGUCUUCAAGCGGCCAGAACGAUGGUACUCGUUUAAAAAUUGUACAUACCCACAUGUCUAUGGUCGUGAUGUUUCCUGAGCAAGUAUACAAAGUCAAAAAACACGUAAACCUUGGGUUUGCAGAUUUUACGUCCUUAAACAAACGUUUCAAGGCGUGUAUUGCAGAGGUAGAGCUGAACAAAACACUAGCACCAAAUGUAUAUCUGGGCAUAGUCCCAAUCUACAUGAAAAGGGAGACACGAGAAAUUAGUGUACGAUGCGACACCUAUUGGACGCCAGAGAGGAAUGAACAUUCGGAUUGGUUUCAAAAUGAUCAAUUUGGAGAAAUUAUAGAUUGGGCCGUACACAUGGUACGUUUACCAGAUGAAUGGUCGUUGAUGCAUCUUCUGGACCAAGGUAAGUUGACAGAGAAGAUGCUGGAACAAUUGGUCGAAAAGCUUGUCAACUUUCACAAAACUGCUAUUCGUGGGCGAGACAUCGAUCAGUUUGGAAAGAUAUCGAUGGUAUGUAAUAAUAUGGACGAUAACUUUGAUCAAACAGCUUCCCACGUUGGAAUAACAGUUAAUGAAACUGUUUAUAAUCGGGUGAAAAAGCUUUCGUAUAUAUGGCUAGAGACACUUAAGCCUAUAAUUGAGUCGAGGGUGGAGCUGGGAUGCAUUUGUGAUACACAUGGAGAUCUGCGACUUGAACAUGUCUUUCAAUUACCUAGUUCCUCUAAUAAGGAGGAGGACUUUGUGAUAAUUGAUCGUAUUGAGUUUAACGAAAAGUUUCGAUUUGGUGAUCCUUUUUCUGAUGUAGCCUUUUUGUCAAUGGAUAUGUGGCAACGAGGACGCUAUGAUCUCGCUCAAUUACUAAAGCACAAAUACCUAGAAAAAGCAGGUCAACGUUCAGUGAAUUGUGCCGAUUUGUAUACGUUUUACGAGGCGUAUCGGGCAGUUGUACGUGCCAAAGUUUGUGGAUUUCGUGCUAUGGAAUCGACAAUUCCAGCAGCUAGCCGUGCAGAAGAGAUCCAAAAAGCGCGUUGUCACUGGCUAGUGGCUCUUGAGAUGUUGAGUCAACCUAACGAACGACCGUGUUUGAUUUUAAUCGGUGGCCUUCCGGCAAGUGGUAAAUCUACUUUGUCUCGAAUGCUAGUCGAGUGUGACAAAAGUUUGGUUUGGUUACGUUCAGAUGUUAUUCGGAAAGAAUUGGCUGUACAUCAAGAUAAAAAGUUGACAGCUCAAGGUGUUGAAAUGCUUGAAGAGAGUCUUUAUUCCAUGAAUAUGACUUGCAGCACAUAUGAAGAACUGUUAAAACGAAGCAUUAAGCAUUUGCGUGAUGGAGGCCGUGUAAUUGUUGAUGCCACAUUUCAACAUCAUACGAAGCGGCAAGAAUUCAUUACGGCAGGUAAGAUGGAGGGUGCAUUGGUUGUCUUUAUCAUGUGUGAAUGCGAUCGGAAGAUUGCUAAAAGUCGAAUGCUGGCUCGAAAGAACGAUGUUUCAGACGCUACGUGGGAAGUAUACGAACAAAUGGAAAAGACUUGGCAAUUCUCGGUAGAUUUGAUGAUAGAGUACCGUGUCGUGAGGACGGACUGGGAUCAAGAGGAGACACUACAUCGCGCUCAGGAUAUCUUGUGUCGAGUUGGAGUUUGGUAA